GCCUCCGAGCAGAAGAAUUGGGAGAUGGCAAAGGUGGGUUUCCGAGGGUACAUGAAUGCAGCACUGUGGGCGGGUCUACCGAGUAUCUGUUUGGCUGCUUUUCGGACCACAGCUCUUUCACGGGAGGAAGAAAUACGGAGGUCGUCGGUGUUGGGAAGCACAACCUUGUGGGAGAUGGCAGCCAUCAGGAAAAAACUAGUGAUAGUUGGAGAUGGUGCAUGUGGGAAGACCUGUCUGCUCAUCGUCUUCAGUAAGGACCAGUUCCCAGAGGUUUACGUUCCCACUGUGUUCGAGAACUACAUCGCUGACAUUGAAGUUGAUGGCAAACAGGUGGAGUUAGCACUGUGGGAUACAGCGGGUCAGGAAGAUUAUGACAGACUGAGGCCUCUCUCUUACCCCGACACCGAUGUCAUCCUCAUGUGCUUCUCCAUAGACAGCCCUGACAGUUUAGAGAACAUUCCUGAGAAAUGGACACCUGAAGUGAAACACUUUUGUCCCAACGUCCCAAUCAUCCUUGUGGGCAACAAGAAGGACCUUAGGAAUGAUGAACACACGCGCAGGGAGCUGGCAAAGAUGAAACAGGAGCCAGUAAAGUCUGAAGAGGGCAGGGACAUGGCCAACCGCAUCAGUGCCUUUGGGUACCUGGAGUGCUCCGCCAAGACAAAGGAUGGCGUGAGGGAAGUGUUUGAGAUGGCUACCAGGGCGGCACUCCAGGUCCGCAAGCGUAAGAAGAGGGGCGGCUGCCAGCUACUGUGAAGCGGUGGGGCAUGUUGGCCAGUCAGAAGCUGAGGGAGUACUCCCCAACACACAGAGUAAAGUUAGAGAAACCUUAAAUCGGUGGCUUCCGUGGACAACACUUACUUCACCAAUGCAGAUAUGCCACAGGCAAUUAUGACAGACUGACCCACCCAUUUAAAAGCAAAAAAAAAAUAAAAUGUUUUUCUUUUGUAACACUAUUUCCUCUGCUACUUGCACAGUCAGGGUUUUUUUUUUUGCCAUUUUGUUUUUCUUCACCAGCCUGUUAAUGAGAAGGACCUACCCUUUCUCUCUAUACAUAUGAAUGUAUGUUUGUAUUUAUAUGUGCAUAUACUUUACAAAUACAUCAGGCACCUGCCUCUGCAUUAUGAUUGUUUACAGAGUAGGUGCUUGUAGCUCACUGUCUGUUUCUCAGCUCACUUGCAGAAGUACAGGCAGUUUUAGAUUUGCUUUAUUGGUAAGGAAUCUCUGCUUCUCUUUAAACUGCAUAUACCCCUUUGUCUCCCUUUCCACAUCCGCUUCAGUCACAAUGCUUCAUCUAUUUGUCAUACCACUGUUAAUUUUUACAGCCUGAAAGUCCUGUUUCAGCAGAACUUUUUUUUUUCUCCUCCUACCUUCUGGCAAGAACUAAAUUUAGAGCAUGAUCACAGCAUUAAUCCAUAGAAACCCACAUAAAUUGAAGCUGCAACAGCUAUUUGUGUGAGGUCGUUAUGGGCUGCACCUUGGUCUGUCUUCCAUGGUGCUAGCUUAAACUGGCACUAGAGACACUGGUCUAUUGUCACGGAGACAAUACUCAUAGUCAUGCUCAUACUGACUCUGACAGACAUCACCACUGCCUUCCCUCAGCAAACCCUGCUGUCCUGUCUGAACUCUGUACUGUUUCAGGUCCACUAGAGGUUGUGAUGUACCACUGUGUACUGGAUUAACUGAGGACGAGCGCACACUGUAACCUACAGGUUUCUGUGCUUUGCACAUAAUGGGUGCACACUACACAGCCAUUAAUAUUCAGACAGGACCAUUCUGUAUAAAUACUCAGCUAAUGUGCACUCUUCUUUGUGCUCAGCAGAUCAGUAGCAGUCUUGACCAUCUGAAAUUGGGGCUUGUCGAUGUGCAAUACCCCUUCAUUUUACACUAUGGGAAAAUUCUUUGAAAUGUGAUUGAACAAAUGAGGAUAUCUAAGCCAGUGUUCAAAGUUCCUUUUGUGUGGCCCUUAUAGACAAUGUCCUGUGCAGCCAACCUCAAAGACAGGGUGUGUGUCUGUCUUUGGGCUCAAAAUUGAAAUGUGACAUCUAAGUUUGAAGUUUUUACACCAAUCUGAACAAAUUGCAACAAAAUUGGGAUGAAAGUCCAAGUGUCAAUUUUAAGUGGUUAAAAAAA